CAUCCGUCUGCUGCUUCGACUGCGGCCAGUCGCCAGUCGCCGGUCGCCGGACUCCACGCCCUCGGCUCAGCCGCGAGCUCGUUACGGCUCGCUAUUUACAAGGCUACGCUGCGGCAUUUUUCCUAUCGGAUUUCUUCGACGGAUCGAGAAGUGAAGUGUGCGCCGCAUUGAUUCGGAAUAGGAUCGGGCGACAGUUAUGUGAGAUUCGGUUCGCGUAUUUUUGCACGGUCGGGCGACGGGGCGGGGACGCCGCGGCCGGGCCGUCGCGACGGUCGGGUCGCGCGUCGCGCGGCGGCGGCAGACAUGUUCGCGCCGCGGGCGGAGCGAGUCGCGCGGGCCGGCGCCCGCUAGGGCGCGGGAGAUGCGCGCGAGCGGCCACGAGCGAGCAUGGAUGUAGUGACGCCGCACAUCAGCUCCGUGCUGAAGACGUACCAGGCGAGCGCGCCGCGCAGCCUGCAGGGCCCGGGGCGAGGCCGCGCCGGGACGCCCACCGCGCCCGCGCGUGCCCCGCCGCCGGCCCCGGUGCCCCGCGCGCCCGCCGCGCCGCCCUUGCUGCUCGCCCCCGACCCGGUGGUGGGCGAGCGCGGCGAGACGCUGCUGGAGGGCGAGCCCAUCUCGUGCUUCAGCGUGGGCGGCGAGCGGCGGCUGUGCCUGCCGCAGAUCCUGACCUCGGUGUUGACGGACUUCAGCCUUGAGCAGAUCAACCGCGUGUGCGACGAGCUGCAGAUUUACUGCUCGCGCUGCACGAGCGAGCAGUUGCACGAGUUGAAGGCAACGGGUGUGCUGCCGCGCUCGGCGCCCUCGUGCGGCCUUAUCACACAGACGGACGCGGAGCGGCUGUGCGCUGCGCUGCUGCACGCGCCGGCCGCCGCGCGCCCUCACAAGUUGCCCGGCUUCCGCGUCUACCACGAGUGCUUCGGUGGUGCGCGGGGCGUGUGCGCGCCCGCCCUGGGCCUGGUGCAGUGCGCCGAGUGCCGCGCGCUGUACGGGCCGCGCCGCUUCGUGUGCCAUUCGCACGCCACCGAGCACCGUACCUGCCACUGGGGCUUCGACUCGGCGCGCUGGCGGCGCUUCCUGCUGGUGGCGGACGAGGAGGCGGAGCAGGAGAAGUGCGGCGCCUUGCUGGACGACAUGGCGGCGCGCGACCGCGACACAGCGCACACGCACGCACCGCUCAAAAGAAAACAGGUGGUGGAGACGGUGGUGUGCAAGCCGGAGCCGCCGGACUCACCGCCAAAGAAGGCGCGCGGCGAGGACUACGGCUACGCGCUGUACCUGGACCCAUACGCCCACCUACCCUACCGCGCCGCGCCCGCCUUCCGGCCCUGGGGCAAGGCGGAGCCCACGCUGCUGCACCCCGAGCGCGUCGUACGGCUGGCGGACUGCGCGCGCUUCGAGCGCGACUUCCAGCCCAACGUCGCGCUCAAGCCGCUGACACCGCCCGUCGAUGACGUGACAUCGUCCACGUCGCCGCCGCCGCACGGCGAGGGCGAGCUGACGGCUCGGUUGCUGGACGCCGAGGCGCGGCUGGCGGAGCGAGCGCGACGCCUGGAGGAGCGCGAGGCGGCGGUGGCGCGGCGCGAGGCCCGCCUCGACCAGCGGGAGCGGGAGCUGGACCGGCGGGAGCGCGCCGCCGACACAUCGCACAGCGAGGACAAGCAGCCGGAGCGGGGGGACUCGGAGUCGCGGGAGACGUGUUGACCCGCGCGAGUGAUCACGCGCCUCGCGACGGACGCUCAGUGAAGUCGAUAGCGACGACGCAGUACAAAACAUUGAGGUGCUGAAUGAUUUGUAAAAUGAUUAAGAAAUUUAAUUUCGUUCGGAAACGUCAUGUGUAUGAGACUCUAAUAUUGUUUUUUGUCCAAUUUACAGCAUAUUUAUUGAUGCUUACUGUUGUAAACGAUUUGUAACAUUGAUGGUGCGCGGUGCGGUGCGGCGAGGUAGCCGCCAGCCGCGCGCCGGCCGCAGCGGGCACUGUGUAUCGUAUAGACUACAUGAUAAUGCUGAAGUUGUAAGACAGACGAAUACAGUUGUACAUAUGUUCAUAUCAAGUACAGUUUUGUGAGAUCACUUGUUUAUUUUCUACGUAAUAGCCGAGUUAUUUUUCUUGUAGACUCUUCGAUGUGUGCCAUUCUGAGGGCACAGCCGUUGCCUCUCCGUGUAACCUCACUCUGUGCUUUUUAUAACCAAUAAUUAAUAAAAUACUCAACUUUAAUAAUAUAGUGAAAUAGUUGAUAAAGCCUAAAACGGUAAGCAUAAUUUAUACAGGGUUAUUCUUAAGUUUUUUUUUACACAACCGAUGUAUUAAGCAGGUUCUUUUUAUACUUACUCCCUUUUUAUACCUGUCAUGGUUCGACAUUUUAUUUAUUGAACUCAUAUAACAUAUAUAAUGUAAUACUGAUAACAUAUCAGACGUUUUUAUAUAACACAAGUACUGAUGAGACAGACAUUUUGCAAUUUUAUAUGUUUAUUAAUUCUUUACAAAUAACUCUGUAUAAACGUCAUAAACCAAAUAUUUAACAUAACAUUACUUGCAUAAUUCCCGUACAAAAAAAAAUCUGAGAUAUAUUCUCAGUUUUGACGUAGUUUAGUUUCUUGUUAACCCUACUUUUACUAAUUUACCUAAUUCACAAAAUAUAAAAUAGAAAAAAAAAUUAUUCUUGGAAAAAUUUCAUACGUAACUCUCUGUUAUUAUUGUUUCCUGAAGAUCACGUCAAUUCUAAGACAGGGAUACAAAAGCUUAGCUAUCUACAGGGUGUCCCAAAAGGUUACAUACAUAGGAAGGGGGAUGAUAGGGGUGGUCACAAGGGUUACCAGAAA